CAUCCACAACCAAUUCAUUGACUUGACUUGAGCCCAGUGCCUUGGGUCACCUUCUUGGCCAUCUCAGGCUGUCCAAGCUUAGCCACAGUGCGUCAUCGGCUCUUUCGGCGAGCUCUUUACUGGGCACCGCUGGGCAUCACUGUGCCUACUAUUGCACUGUUAUACGUAUUCCGGGCCUGCGCAAGCCUUCUCCAAUCCACUGCAACCCCUCCAUCUCUCUCUCGUCUAUCACUACCACCACCACCACCACCGUCACGAGUUCAAUCCAGAUCACACAACCUCGACCAAGAUAAUUAAACCUGGUUACUCCUCAGCUGUUGACGUUGAUCACUCAGCGACAGUGUCUCUGACCCUUCCGUCUAGACUUCCCACCGAGAAUAAAACAACGCGGAUCCUAGAGGCGGCGCACAAUUGAAGGAACAGACAUCGACCAGAGACAAUGAGUGUGAAAGGAUUUACCAAGAGUAUAACCCGUGCACCACAGCAGUUCAAACAGCGCUUUAAUAUCGGCGACAACACUAAAGAUGCUGUCUACAUCGAUGCUGAGCGACGCUUUGCAGAGCUCGAGACAGAAACCAAGAAACUGCACGAUGAGUCCAAGAAGUACUUUGACGCCAUCAAUGGCAUGUUGAACCACCAGAUCGAAUUUUCUCAAGCCAUCCAAGAAAUCUACAAGCCAAUAUCUGGUCGCAUGUCAGAUCCUAAUUCGAUCAUACCGGAAGGAAACCCAGAAGGCAUACGGGCGUGCGAAGAAUAUGAAGCCAUCGUGCGAGAACUACAAGCUACACUCAAACCAGAGCUGGAAAUGAUCGAACAACGGGUUAUUGCCCCGGCCGACCAGUUAUUGGAAGUGAUCAAGGUCAUCCGGAAGGUGGCGGUAAAGCGUCAGCACAAGCAACUGGACUACGACCGUCAUCGAGCCACCCUGAAAAAGCUUCAAGACAAGAAGGACAAAACGUUAAAGGACGAAAAGGCUCUGUUCAAGGCCGAGAACGACGUCGAGCAAGCUACCCAGGAUUACGAAUACUUCAACAACCUUCUCAAGGACGAACUACCCAAACUCUUCGCCCUCGAAGCUGAGUUCAUCCGCCCCCUCUUCCAAUCAUUCUACUACAUGCAACUGAACGUCUUCUAUACCCUGCAUGAAAAAAUGCAGGCCAUCAACAUUGGCUAUUUCAACCUGACCUUGGACAUUGAGGAAGCUUUCGAAAUGAAGCGAGGAGAUGUACAAGAACAAGCGGAGGCCCUCUCAAUAGUCCAUUUCAAAGCAACCGGUGGCAUCAAGACUCAGCGUGGGGUCUCCAGAUACAGCUCCUCAGCAAAGGCCAAGGAGGCAGAAGCCGGGAAAUCGUCUUACUCUUCGUAUAGAAGAACGGCAAAUCCUGAGGAUGGUGUAGCAAAUCCACCUCCGCCAUAUUCCCCGGCUGGCUCAGCAAGCAGCAUGCCCAGUAGUCCAGCCUUAGGGGCAGCCGCGGCGGCCAAGGGAAAGCCACCUCCGCCAAAACCCAAGCCAAGUCGAUUGAGUGGUGCUCCGGCCGCAGAAACAGUGACAGCUCUGUACGAUUAUGAAGCUCAAGCUGAAGGAGACCUGAGUUUCAUGACUGGAGACCUCAUUGAGAUUAUUUCCAGAACCCAGAAUGAGAAUGAAUGGUGGACAGGCCGUGUGAAUGGGAAGCAAGGCCAGUUUCCCGGGAACUACGUACGGCUGAACCAUUAAGAGUUAUUGUCACCUUUCACCCAUCACCCGUUCAGAGCUAUCGUUGCAUAAAGUCGUCUUUGAGUCCCUCCGUGCUAAACAUCCGCAGUCUCUACUCGACGUGAGCCGUCUGGAAGUCGGAUCAUUCGGUGGUUGGCGUUUUGAAAAAGAGGGCUCAGGUCUUUUCUCGUCGUCUAGACGUCAAACACUUUCUAGGUUAUUAUAGGAUCGCAGGUCCACGGGCCAAGUUAAUAUUUCGAAUGAGAUGGCUAGGUGCAAACUUUUGUUGCCUCUUUUCUCACUUC